AUCAGUUACAUGGGGUUGGUGGUGGAAGAGGCUAUCGGGCAGGCAGCAGCCGCGGCGGCUAUGGAAGAUCGGACACUUAGGGUUCCUCAUUUGAAGACUCGAAGACGCAAAUAGAUGAAUCGGAAGGAGAGAUUGCAUUAUAUGGAGCUGGGGUGUUUCUACUAAUCCAGCUUAUUAGCAUGAUCACCUUCAUCAAUUGGGUAAACAAAAAGUGUUACUGCGAAAACUCAAGAAUCAGCAGCUUGCAAAGAAGGGUACUUGCAACUUUUACACACUUUCUUUGCGUUCUGGCUAUCGCCUUUUUGUAUGGAUGGUACGCGCCACACAUGUCUUGCACGCUUAACAUUUCCAUCAUCAGUGGAACUUUAGGGCUCUACAUCACUAUGGUCGUUGUUUCCCAUUUUCUUACUGUGAAUGCUGGUUCUUUGUCUUCUAGUUUAAUGGGACUUUAUGUUAUAUUCCUCUGUUGGUGUGCUCUCAAAAGUGAACCUGAAGAAAAUUGCAUGCGAAAGGGAGGAUCUGAUCAUACUUCUAAAAUAGAUGUGCUCACCGUCAUAAGCUUUGUUGUGGGUUUGCUUACAAUAGUGGUUGCGACCUUUUCAACCGGCAUCGAUUCUAAAUGUUUUGCAGUGCUGAAAAGGGAGGACGAGAAGCAUGAAGAUGAUGUUCCAUAUGGAUAUGGGUUCUUUCACCUUGUUUUUGCUACAGGAUCUAUGUAUUCUGCAAUGCUGUUUGUCGGAUGGAAUACCAACCACUCUAUGCAAAAGUUUACAAUUGAUAUUGGGUGGACUAGUGCGUAUGUGAGGAUAGUAAAUGAGAUUUUAGCCCUCUUUGUUUAUGUUUGGCUUCUGAGGAAUAAACACGAGUGAUUUGCAAACCACACAAAGUAUAAAUGAAGGUUGCAUACAUAUCUAGGGAAGCUAAUAACUUUAUUUGCAUGUGUGAUGUAUUUCAUAUAAUUCUUAUGAGAAAUGAAUAUGAUCUUUUGUAGCCUGAAAAUACAUUUUAACUUGCAAAACAAAGAGGCGGCAAUACUGGAUGAUGUGAUUGU